AUGUGCUUCGCGGAUCAGCUGUGGUACCUUGUGUCGACCCUGAUCGCGUGGGCCUACUUCUCCGAAGAAGGCAAAGACUCUCCGGUGCUGCGACGACCCUCCUGGGCACCGGUGUGGCUCCUGCGUGGAGCUCGAAGAUGGUACCGCGCUUUCACCUUCUGUCUGGCAGGUUUGGGCUUGCUCCUUGCGACAGAGUUGGUGGGGGUCUUCUGGCUGCGGGCUGCCUAUGGUCUUUGCGUCUUCCUCGCAGACUUCGUUGCUUUUGCAGCUUAUGGCGGGCACACAGGCUUCGUCUUCUUUUACACUGCUCUCGCGAUGCUUCUCCCCCCAGGCAGCACACGCUCUGGCGUACUGCGGCUCAUUGUGGCCCACCAGCUGGGCUCUCCAGCCGUCAACAAGCUGCAGACUGGUGGUUGGAAGUGGCUGGACCCCAGUACGUUGGAGUCGCACAUACGUUUUGCCCGAGAGAGGGAGCUGCCCUUCAAACCACACUGUGUGGUGGAGCCGCCGUGGAUUCGGCGGCCUGGGAUGAUGGAUCUAUGCCUGCGUCACCCAUGGCUUUUGGCUCUGAUGCAUUGGGCAGGGCUGGCCACGCAGCUCCUCGUGGUCCUCGCCUGCCUUCUCGGCGGCCAAGUGGCCCUCUCGUGGGCCUGCGCGGCAGCGUGCAGCUUCCACGUGCUGGCAGCUCCACUGUUAGGCAUAGUUUUCCCUUUCUCUAUCCCCUGCUACAUGCUGGCCCUCUUGCCCAGCUCUGCACAUGAUGUUUCGUGCUUGCGGAGCUUCCCAGCCCUUGUGACGGCCCUGCUUCUGGGCACCACCACCUUCUUCGCCACGGAGGACUGGCCACUGAACGGCUUGGCCGUUUUCCCGUACAACGCGGAGCAGAUGAAGGUGCUGCAGUCUAUCUUUGGCCGCUACUUGCUGGCACACUCCGAGGGCGAGCCGCGUGCAUCCGGGAUCUGCUUGACAGAGCUCUGUGUCAGCAUCUGCCCUGCAAACCUUUACCCCUGCCACUUGAAAGCCCUUGGAGGCGGCUCCUUCGGUGACUCAGCUGAGUUUUUGCUGAGCAAUGAGGUGGCGGCGAAGCUUUCCGAGUGGCUUCGCCACACUCGUCGCUUCAUUGAUGAGCGUGCCGAUGGACAACCCGGUCGCUGUUUUGAUGAUGUUGUGGUUGCUGAAAUCUCGUCAGAAAGUGCCAGAUUGGGGGCUUGA